GCGCGACUGGACGACGGUUAAGCUACUUCUUGUUGUAGUGUUGCUUUAUCGGUGAUUACCCGCGGUGUGGUGAUGAUGAAGAGUGUAUUGUGAAUUCAUGGUAGUGCGUAAAAAUGUGUGAGUGAGGCAUCCCUUUGUAUUUUCACGUUGGAUAUUCUUCAGAUCUUCCAGGGGAAAAUGAAUGGCUUCACAGCAAACUAGAUUCCGAGCUCGAAGAACUAGAGAGCCCGGCCCGUUACCGACCUGACAGCGUCGAGGCGCUGUGUCGAGCGACGCGUUUCACGCACGACGAAAUCAAGAGGAUAUACAGGGGGUUCAAGGCCGAGUGCCCCACGGGACUCGUCAAGGAGGAGACUUUCAAGAUGAUCUACGCCCAAUUCUUCCCACAAGGUGACACCCACCAAUACGCACAUUACGUGUUCAACACCUUAGAUCAGGACCAUAGUGGACUUAUUAGCUUUGAGGAUUUUGUCCAAAAUCUGUCUAUACUAUCGAGAGGCUCGCUAGAAGAGAAACUUCAGUGGGCUUUUUCGCUCUACGACAUCAACGGUGAUGGUUACAUCACGCGCGAAGAGAUGACGGAUAUAGUCACGGCCAUCUAUGACCUUAUGGGAAAGAUGGUUGAACCCUGUAUAGAAGAGUGCACCGUGACAGAGCGAGUGGAUAGGAUAUUUCAAAAGAUGGACAAAAAUAAAGACGGCGUAGUAACCCUAGACGAAUUCCUAGAGUGUUGCACCUCCGAUGAAGUUAUCACCCGGUCGAUGGCAGUCUUCGACACGGCCAUAUGACGUACGCCGGAAGCCGUCAGGCGCAACCCCCCACCCACCUGGACCUGAACGGCUCAACGUGACAUGUGAACGUGUCAUGCGUCAACACCACAAGGUUAUCGUCCACGACCAAAUAGCUUUCACUUAUUACUUAACAUUUCCAACAUAAAUAUUGUUACAGUGAGACUAUUAUAUAGUAGACAUUUUGCAUACGUAAGUGUACCAUGUAGAUAGUUAGUAAGAUGGUCCAGGGAUGCAAACAGAUGUACAAAGUGUUGAUAACACGCUGGAGAUGUGGUAUAGGUAGUAGAUCGUAUGGAUUUGGAUGAAGUAGCUAUUUUCUAUUUGAAAGAGUCGAAACAAUAACUAAUGAAUAGGUCGAUUGUGAAGAAACACUAUUGUUCACAGACAGAUCCACGAGGUUAGUCCGGAAAAUACGCGAUGGUAUCAACAGCGGAAACAGCGUUGGCAGAAGUGCAUCUUGUCUCAGAGGGAGUACUUUGAAGGAGAAACAUCUUAACAAAUGUAAAAUAAAGUUAUUAUUCUACUUUUAUACGUAUUUUCCAGACAAACCUGUUAGGAUAGUCCACAUACCUAUGCAGGUAUGAUGCAACGACCGUUAAUUAUUUUCCUAAGAACUGCAACUCGCAUUCCGCUAUCAUGCUUUGUGGGUUGCAGGCUCGUAGGUUCCUAUAUGGAUUAUACCUCCUAGACAAGAUGCGAUGGAAGUAUAAUGAUCAUAUCUAGCUAUCUAUCUGCGCAAUAACAGGCAGGUAUACAGAUUCCGAACAGUUUGGUAACUGUUGCCGAUAUUUGAGAUAUAAUGAAAUAAAAAUAAAAUUGAUACGCAUUAUACACUUUGUAAGAAUCGUAAUGUGACGGAAGAGAUUGUAAUUUGACUGUAAUUAUGACCUAACAUUUGCACCUAAACGGUAUUCUCGUUUUUCAUAGCAAAUAGAGUUUUCAAGUCGUCAAGCGAUUAUUGCACAAAUACUUUCAAAGCGAUGACAAUAGCGUCGCGUCUACGCGACUUGAAAAUUUUAUGCGCUUUGAAGGAUGAAAAUACCAUCAUGUCUGUCUCGAUUCUAAGGAAAAUAUAUCAAAUAUGUGAUUAGAUCGAGACACCGAUAAUUUUCUUGCGAUCUUUCAAAGCCCACAAACUUAAAGGCUAGCUACUUCAUCAACAAAAUUCCACUGCCUGUACUAGCAUUUUUUGAGAUAGGAUAGGAUUAAGAAUAAAAGUUGAUGUGAUUAAGAAAUAUUUUAACGAAAUUUUCAUAGAGUUGUUGUUAUUUAUAGGAUUCAAUCCCCCUAUCAAGCUUCAAGCUUUUCGCGUCUAACGCGAUAGAUAAGAAGAUGGAGUUGCUUGUGUACAGUGUAAUGAGAGCCGGAUCGAUAUGAGCUCUUUCUUCUUCUCUUCCAUUUUUACAAUAGUUUAAGUUCAUUUUGAAAUUGCGUGUACGGAGAAAGCGAAAGUUUCAGUUUGGAUGGAUUUUGGUAGGGUAACGAGAGCUUCAAGUGCUUACAUACAUAAAAAUCCGUUUGGAAAGUUGGAUUCUUAGCCCAGUGAACAUGAUGACGCCGAAAUGACGUCAUUAUUCUGUCACUUUUGGUCGGAAACGUCAUUGACCAAAAAAUGACGUCUUUAUUGACGCCAUUUUUAUGACGACAAGACGUCCUAUAAAACGCUGACAUUUUGACGUCUGUUUUAGGGCAGUCAAUACUGAAAAUUCAAUACUUACCUACAAAGAAAAUAUAGACUUUUAACGACCAGUAAAGUAAACUAGAUAUCCAAAUACUAAUAACUACUUUAUUGUUAUUUAUGAAAAGUAUCGGGAAUUCUUCGACCAAAAAUAUCUUGUUAAUAUGACCUUUCUAAUAAUAUUAGAUAUUUUAAAUUGCCAUCUUACAUCAUGUUCUCUUCCCGUAAAUAACAAAUUCAUUAGAAACCUCAUGUGUCUUUUAUACGUCAUACUAUGACGUCAUAUAAUGACGUCAAUUAGGUGUGAAUCCAGACCGUCAUAAUGACGUCAUUUUUGUAGGUCGGCGUACGUCAGCCGACAUUAUGACGUCAAUAUGUUCGUCUGCUGUCGAGACGAUAUGACAUAUGACAUGUCAUAAUGCUGUUUUGAAACCGCUGCGAAUUAUGGAACACUGCGCUUGUUUUGCAUCUUUAUAAUACAGUGGAUCCCAAAAUAACGUCAUUAUUCGGUCAAUCUUGGUCGGAAACGUCAUUGACUAAAAAAUGACGUCUUUAUUAAGGCAAUUUUUAUGACAACUCGUCAUUUUGACGUCUUUUUUAGGACAUUCAGUACUAAAAAAUCAACACCCACAAAGAAAAUAAAUUGUUAUUCAUAAAAAUGUAAAAGGAAUUCUUUACCAAAAAUAUCUUGUUAAUAUGACUUUUCUCAUAAUAUUAGAUAUUUCAAAUUGCCAUCUUACAUCAUGUUCUCUUCCCGUAAAUAACAAAUAUAUUAGAAACCCCAUAUGUACAUUUGGUCUUUUAUACGUCAUACUAUGACGUCAUAUUAUGACGUCAAUUAGGUGUGAAUCAGGACCGUCAUAAUGACGUCAUUUUUGUAGGUCGGCGUACGUCAGCCGACAUUAUGACGUCAAUAUGUUCGUCUGCUGUCGAGACGAUAUGACCAUAUGACAUGUCAUAAUGCUGUUUUGAAACCGCUGCGAAUUAUGGAACACUGCGCUUGUUUUGCAUCUUUAUAAUACAGUAGAUCCCAAAAUUACGUCAUUAUUCGGUCAAUCUUGGUCGGAAAAGUCAUUGUCUAAAAAAUGACGUCUUUAUUGAGGCAAUUUUUAUGACAACACGUCAUUUUGUCGUCUUUUUUAGGACAUUCAGUUCUAAAAAAUCAACACCCACAAAGAAAAUACAGACUUGUAAUUAACAAUAAGAUAAAAUAUGCUUCAUUGUUAUUCAUAAAAAUGUAAAAGGAAUUCUUUACCAAAAAUAUCUUGUUAAUAUGAGUAUUCUAAUAAUAAUAAUUCAUGUCCAGAUAUUUCAAAUUGCCAUUUUAAAUCAUGUUUUAUUCCCGUAAUUAACAAAUUUAUUAGAAACUUAGCAACAAACACGUUUUACUGGACUAUUUGAGUUUGAGAUCAAACGUUGUUUUUUAGUUCUUCAUUAAACAUUUCGAUACACUCUGUACAAAUGCUCCUAAAAAAUUGGGGAAGUGAGAAUAUGAGUUUCUACCACUCCCAAAUUGCCAUCUUACAUCAUGUUCUCUUCCCGUAAAUAACAAAUUUAUUAGAAACCUCAUGUGUACAUUUGGUCUUUUAUACGUCAUACUAUGACGUCAUAUAAUGACGUCAAUUAGGUGUGAAUCCAGACCGUCGUAAUGACGUCAUUUUUGUUGGUCGGCGUACGUCAGCCGACAUUAUGACGUCAAUAUGUUCGUCUGCUGUCGAGACGAUAUGACAUGUCAUAAUGCUGUUUUGAAACCGCUGCGAAUUAUGGAACACUGCGCUUGUUUUGCAUCUUUAUAAUAUAGUAGAUCCCAAAAUAACGUCAUUAUUCGGUCAAUCUUGGUCGGAAACGUCAUUGACUAAAAAAUGACGUCUUUAUUAAGGCAAUUUUUAUGACAUGUCGUCAUUUUGACGUCUUUUUUAGGACAUUCAGUACUAAAAAAUCAACAUCCACAAAGAAAAUAAAUUGUUAUUCAUAAAAAUGUAAAAGGAAUUCUUUACCAAAAAUAUCUUAUUAAUUUGACUAUUCUAAUAAUAAUAUUUCGUGUCCAGUUUUUUUAAAUUGCCAUUUUAAAUCAUGUUUCAUUCCCGUAAUUAACAAAUUUAUUAGAAACUUAGCAACAAACACGUUUUACUGGACUAUUUGAGUUUGAGAUCAAACGUUGUUUUUUAGUUCUUCAUCAAACAUUUCGAUACACUCUGUACAAAUGCUCCUAAAAAAUUGGGCAAGUGAGAAUAUGAGUUUCUACCACUGCUGAAGUCUCUGCUUGUGGGGCGUCGUUGCCACAUCCUCAAUUUUUCAGGAGCAAUUGGAUACACCGCGCGAUUAUUUUUGCGAGCGACUGUACUACAUAUCGACGACGACACAGAUGCACGUCAUACAGACGUCAUAUCGAUUUUGUAGUUGGUGUUUUACACGACAUACUAUGACGUCAUAUAAUGACGUUCAUUCGUUGUUCGUUGUUGUGACAUUAGAUAGUCAGCAUGACGUCAUUUCUACGUCAUUUUUGAUGUUCGGCAUACGUCAGUAUUGCUCUAAAAAUGCUGACAUAUGACCUCAUUAUGUUCGCUGGGAUGUUGCGCGCCACACGUUUUUCUGACCAGCGUUUGGCCAACGCGGCGUAUAUUGCCGAGCAGAUGUAAUUGAAGCGUAUAUUUACUGGGUGUAAGUCAGGCUAAAAAAAUACUUCAAAGUAGUUACUUUAAAGUAUUUUCUUCGCUGAGCACUGCGGUUUCCUGAAGUUGAUUGUAUAAAUUUUAUCCUUCUGUAGGUUGUAAUUUUUAUAGAUCUAUAUAAAUCUAGAAAAUAUGAGUAGGACAUGACAUAUUUACCUUAUGAAAUUUCUUGUUACAACUAUUUUGCAGUACAUACUGUUUAGGGGUAUGAUUUGACCUUGAGAGGGGAAAAUAAGUCACAAGUAAAUAAUGGUGUCUUGUAUGGGAAACAUUUUCAUUGUUACUUUUUACUUUAUUGAAAUUUUAAAUAUUUAGUUUAAUUAGUUUGUUAUUAUCAGAUUCUUGCAACAAAGUAAUUACAGAAUGAAAGAAUCACUCCUUAAGCGAUUUUUAAAAAAAUGUUACAUGACACCUUUAUCCACUUUUUAAUUUGGCGACUGGGUGGCAAAAGUAGUACAAAACUGAUACGGUUUACCCAUAAUUUUUUCCUCUUAAGAUUCACAAUGUACCGUAACUUUAAACUUACAAUGAGAGGGACUUGUCAAUCAGCAACAUUCAAUAUGAUAUAAAGUUAUUUCCAUUCCCCCAUCCAGGUUAUGAAUCUAGAGUUUUUAUGGACGGACGCGCAGGAGUGACUUUUGUCACAGUCAUUGCUUUGUUUUUCCCUUCUAUUUACACUGAAAAGCAAUUGGAGUUAUCAUGAAUGCGGGCCUCAAAGUACUUGUUACAUUAUUUUUAGGCGUCAGCGAUUUUUCCCAUAGCAACAACCUUCGCCACUAUACGCUAAUUAAGUAUGUAACAUAAAUUUAACAAACAGUACUUAUAAACAUUGGUCCGCAAUGUCUUCGUAUCAGAAUUUUAAAAAAAAUGUUUUUCGUAAAUAUCUAAAAUGUCCUAAAUCUAAUGUUGUUGUAAUUUGGCGGUGGUAUUUAUAAAAUCAAUUAGCUAAUUUAGGACUAACUUGAUCAAAUUUAUUAAGUCCAGUGACGUCUCUAGCGGGAUCUGAACGAGUAUUUUUGACAAAGAAAUGUACGCCACUGACUUGCGUGCAAUUUUUCUUUGGAUUAAGUAAAUAGAAAUACAGCUUUUUUGUCUCUUGAAUUUUUUUCGUGUCUUGAUUUAGUUUUCGAGAAAAAAGGGCCCACUUUAUUGCAUAUCGCUGGACACCACAAAGAAUAUGGGGAUGAUUCUUUUGGAAAUAAUUUUUUUAAAUUUAUUUAAAAUUAUAAAAAAAUAAUUUCUGGAAGAAACUACUCCCCAUAUUCCUUGUGUGGUCCAGGGAUAUGCAAUUAAAUGGACUACUUUCUCUAAAACUAAGGAAGAUUCGAAAAAAGUUCAAGAGACAAAAAAGUUGUAUUGCUAUUUAUUUAAUCCAAGCAACAUAAAAAAUUGCAAAAAAGUCAGUGGCAUACAUUUUUUUGUCACAAAUAUUCGUUCAGAUCCCGCUAGAGACGCCAUUGGACAUAAUAAAUAUAAGUUAACUACCUAUUUCCAGCAGUAUUCUAAAUCUUUUUCGUCUGAUAAUUUCAUGGUGUGUAUAUAGAGAUGA